AUGUCGGAGCUCGAGGACAUCUGCAAGCAGACGGGCGCGGAGAUCCUGAAGCCCGGCGAGAGCGUGAACCUCGAGAAGAUCCAGAGCAAGGACGGCGUGCAGCCCAAGAACCGGCACCAGCAGUACGACCAGGGCUGCCGCAUGGAGGAGCAGGCCGACGAGGCGCGGGGCGGCCUCAGCCUGCUGACGCUGGACCGGCGCAUCGAGCACAGCCUCCUCUUCAAGGCGCGCGGCAACGACGCGUUCGCGGCCGGCGACAACGGCAAGGCCCUGAAGGAGUACCUCGGCGCGUGCUGGCUCCUGCGCCGGAAGACGGGCCAGUUCCCCAAGUCCAUCACGCCCGCGUCGCCGGACCUGCCCCGGGGCGUCGACGCCAUCGCCAUCGUCGACUUCGACUUGGACGACGCCGCGAACCACGACGACUGGGCCUUGGUCGCGCGCGUGACGGACCUGCGGCGCCUCGCGCACCUCAACAUCGCCGCCGCCGCCGUCAAGCUCAAGGACUGGGACCUCGCGGAGCACGUCUGCACGCGCGUCCUCGGCUCCGACGGCGUCACGGCCGUGCAGCGCAACAAGGCGCGGUUCCGCCUCGCGAAGGCGCGCGACGGCAAGUCGGACCUCGCGGGCGCGUUCAAGCAGCUCAACGCCGUCUGCGCCGACGCGGACUGCGGCCAGGGCCAGUACCGCGAGGCGCGCAAGCUCGCCGACUUCCUGCGGAAGCGCGAGUCGAAGCAGCGCAAGGAGUGGGGCGGGUUUUUGGCCAACUACGCGUCCUUGUGCGAGGAGGAGCCGGACUACAUCCGGAGCCCGCCCGUCAAGGCGCCCCACCCCUACCCCGUGACCCACGUGCGCCGCGCCGGCGACACGCGGCCCCUCUACGAGCCGCCGAAGCGCACGGAGGAGGAGAAGCGGCGCAUGGUCCGGCCGAAGCGGAAGCCCGGCGAGUCGGACCUCGAGGCCGAGCUCCGCGAGCUGAAGAAGGGCGUCGACAUCACCAAGCCCAAGCCGCCGCCCCCGGAGAAGGUGCCCUACAAGGGCAAGGAGCUCUACCCCGAGGAGGAGAUGCGCACCACGCGCGCCGAGGCGCGGUCCGACCGCACGGGCCGCGACCAGCGCGCGCACCACAUCAACCUCGCGGAGAUGAACGAGCGCGACGCCAAGGAGAUGUACGACGGGCUCCACGCCGAAAGUUUAGAAGCGGAGAAGGACUCGAACCAGAUCGACGAGAUGAUGAACAAGAUCUCGCCGCUCGCGCGCGCGACGCUCCAGGCGCUCCACGUCACGGGCGCGUCCAAGGUCCGCAUCCGCGAGGUCUACGAGAAGGCCCGCGAGGAGGAGAUCAAGCGCGUCCAGCACUGCAUGGCCCCCGACGAGCGCGAGUUCAUCAACGACCUCGUGCGGCGCCAGCACGAGUUCGACGACGAGGCGCUCGACCUCGCCUUCGAGGAGAUCCGCGGCGACGUCCUCUGCCGCGAGGCCGCCGCGGAGGCGAAAUCCGAGAAGCGCGACGUGCUCAAAAAGGCCCAGGAGGACGCGCGCAAGGCCGCGGACGACGCGAAGCUCGCGCACGGCUCCGACGCGCGGAAGAAGCUCCGCUUCGAGUUCAUCGCGGGCGCGUGCGCGCCCUGCGAGGAGGAGCGCGACUGGCUCGUGGAGAACGUCACCAAGAUGCGCAAGCGCAACGACCCGGAGAGCGAGGUCGAGGACUACAUCCGCGAGCGCGUCAAGAAGCUCCUCGAGCCCGCGCUCGCGGCGACGGGCCAGAUGUGCGACAUCCCCGUGGACAUCCCCAAGAAGCCCAAGCCGCCGCCGCCGUCGGGCAAGCCCGCGUCCAAGCUCAAGGGCGGCUUCUUCGGCAAGCCGUCGUCCAAGUCGAAGCUCGGCGACGCGCCGCGGCCGCCGAAGCCGCCGCCCGCGGCCGCGAAGGCGCCCCAGAUCAAGUCCGACAUCAAGCAGGCCUGCCGCACGGAGUCCCAGUUCAAGAUGGCCGAGGAGGUCCAGCGCAUGCGCGACGCGGGCGUGCCCCAGGACGAGAUCACGCGCCGGCUCACGGAGUCCAUGCAGAUCCAGGGCGACCCCGUCACCAAGGGCGCCGCGGCCCUCGCGGCCCAGAUGAAGAAGGACGCCAAGUCCAACGAGGAGAUCCAGGCGGCCCUCAAGGACUACUUCGGCAAGCACGGCGCGCAGCUCGUGCGCCUCGCCGUCGUUCUUGAAGCUGACGGGCAGCGGCGCGACACGAUGGGCGGCUACCUGGACGACAUCUUCGGCCCGCUCCAGCCGAAGCCGGACCCGUCGAUGCAGCCCCUCUGCGCGCGGCCCGUGUCGCCCGUGCGGGCGCCGACGCCGUCCGGCGGCCGCGGGCUGCCCCGCGUCCCGGCGAGCGCCGAGGGCAAGGGCCGGGGCAAGGCGGCGCGCGGCGCGCCGGCCGCGGCCGCGCCGGCGGCGCCGGCGCCGGAGCCCUGGAGCGCGACGCCGCCCGGCGCGCCGAAGCGGCGCAUCGCCGGCCCGCCCCGGGAGAAGCGGCCCGCGACGAUCGCGAGGGGCCCGCGGUGCGCGAGCCCGCAGAAGGAGCGGUCCGGCGGCGCCGAGUCGGCGCUGCUCAAGCGCGCGUCGAAGCUGAGCUCCGUCGCCGCGGCCCUCGACAGCAUCGACCUCGAGUCGCUGGCCCUCGCGCACGUCCGCGCGGGCGGCUCGUCCGUCGACGCGGCCGCGACGGCCGCGGCGGCGAUGAACGCGGCCAUCGCCUGCGCCGUCGCCGGCGACGCGACGAGCCCCGACGAGCUGCGCCGGCGCGCGGCGGCCGUCGCCGCGCGGAAGCGCCGCGAGGCCGCCGCGGAGCACAUGCGGACGGAGCGGCGCGCCGACAGCCGCGCCGCGGAGCUCCAGCGCAUGCAGGCCGGCGCGGCCCUCGACGCUUUGCGGGACGAGGCGUCGAAGCGCCGCGACCAGUCCGUCGCCGCCGCCGCGGACCGCGCGCGCGCGCUCCGCGAGGAGCGGCAGCUCGCGGUGUCGACGCGCCGCGACCUCGCGAACGCGCGGAGCCGCCUCGGCUUCGCCAAGAGCGGCAUGCGCCGCGACCCCAGCGCCUUCGAGAACCCCUACGCGGCCUUUCUGCCGGCCGCGGACCGCUUCGAGCAGCGCUGCCUCAAAGACGACCCGCUCCUCCGCCGCGCGCGCGCGAUGUGCGAGGCGGCCACGAAGAUCACCGACGACCUCGAGGCGUCCCUGCCCCGCGCGGCGUCGGCGCCGCCGAAGAGCGCGCCGCCGGCGCCGCCGCCGCCCCUCGUCGUCUCCGACGAGGAGGCCCAGCUCAUGGCCAAGGCCAAGGCGCUCCUCGCGGACUACGACCCGGCGAACGCCCAGCCGUCGAAGCCGUCGAACUACGACCCCUACCGGUCGUCCAUCCUCGCCAAGCAGCGCGCCAACACGGCGAAGAAGAACGCCGCCCGCGGGAAGAAGUAA